UGGGGGCGGGACUUCGUGCCGGAAGUGGUUAUUCCUCGGUUAUUACCGUCGGCGCUCUAUCGGGGGAGAUGCUCCAGGCGGCGGAGAGGAGUGAGCCGGAGUACGGUUAGAGAGCGAGAGAGAGGGGGACGCAGUGUGGACCCGGGGCCGGGCGGGUGGCCGGCACUCAGACCAUGAGCUACACCAAGCACUGGGGGGAAUGGAUCCUGAACUUUCGGGUGCCGCCCGCCGGGGUGUUCGGCGUGGCCUUCCUGGCCCGGGUCGCCCUGGUUUUCUACGGCGUCUUCCAGGACCGGACUCUGCUGGUGAGGUACACGGACAUAGACUACCACGUGUUUACGGACGCGGCGCGUUUCGUCACGGAAGGGCGCUCCCCUUACCUGCGGGCGACGUAUCGCUACACCCCGCUCCUGAGCUGGCUGCUCACUCCCAACGUCUACCUCAGCGAACUCUUCGGCAAGUUUCUCUUCAUCAGCUGCGACCUGCUCACCGCCUUCCUCGUCUACCGCCUGCUGCUGCUCAAGGGGCUGGGGCGCCGCCAGGCCUGCGGCUACUGCGUCUUCUGGCUGCUCAACCCCUUACCCAUGGCGGUGUCCAGCCGGGGCAACGCGGACUCGAUCGUCGCCUCCCUGGUGCUUACGACCCUGUACUUGAUAGAGAAACGACUCAUCGCGUGCGCCGCCGUGUUCUACGGCUUCGCGGUGCACAUGAAGAUGUACCCGGUGACCUACAUCCUCCCCAUAGCGCUGCAUUUGCGCCCCCAGCGCGACAGUGACGAGGGGCUCCGGCUAGCCCGCUACUCUUUCCAGGCUCGGCUGUGCGACUUCCUGGGGAGGCUGUGCAGCUGGGCGGUGCUGCUCUUCGUGGCGGUGGCAGGACUCACGUUUUUCGGCCUGAGCUUGGGUUUUUACUAUAAAUACGGCUGGGAGUUUUUGGAGCACACCUACCUUUAUCACCUGACCAGGAGGGACAUCCGCCAUAACUUUUCCCCAUACUUCUACAUGCUGUAUUUGACUGCGGAGAGCAAGUGGAGCCUUACGCUGGGCAUCGCCGCGUUCCUGCCACAGUUCAUCUUGCUUGCGGCCGCGUCUUUCGCCUACUACAGAGACCUCGUCUUCUGCUGUUUUCUUCAUACGUCCAUUUUCGUGACUUUUAACAAAGUCUGCACCUCUCAGUACUUCCUUUGGUACCUCUGCCUUCUGCCUCUGGUGAUGCCACUCGUGAGGAUGCCUUGGAAAAGGGCCAUCGUCCUCUUAAUGUUCUGGUUCAUAGGACAGGCCCUGUGGCUGGCCCCUGCGUAUGUUCUAGAGUUUCAAGGAAAGAACACCUUCCUGUUUAUUUGGUUAGCUGGUUUGUUCUUCCUUCUGAUCAACUGUUCCAUACUGAUUCAGAUUAUUUCCCAUUACAAGGAGGACCGCCUGACCGAGAGAAUCAAAUAUGACUGAUGUGUUCCAGACCUUGUGUAACGUUCUGAUGAUUCCAUAUGGACUAGAAAAGCUUUGGAAUUUUUUUUUUUCCUCCUCGAACAUUCUAAGCACUCUACUGAAAGUUCCCUUGUUCCAACAGAAAUUAAAACCAGUGUUGGCCUUAUAUAUAUAUAUAAAGGGGGACCCGAUAACUGAGGUCCGUCCUUUAGAAGUCUUAGGAUUCACUGCUUGAGGAGAAGUAAAUCGUUCUUGUUUGACAGUUGAGAAGCCGGCGAAGCUAGAAGAUGCUGAAAUAUUUUUUGAACAGUAGAUUAAGGUCUCUUGCAGUGUUUGUCGCUGUCACGCUGUGCCCCUGGUGGAUUAAAGUCUCUCGCAGUGUUUGUCGCUGUCACAGUGUGCCACUGGUUUACCUUCAGCCCAGCCUUUUUUUUUUUUUCCCUGCAGUUCUGACAGCUGUGGGAAUUUACAAAGUUCCUAAAAUACAAUAUUUUUACAUAUAAAGUAUUGACAGUUCCAUGCUCAGUUGGGAACGUUUUAAAUUUUUGUAUUAAAUGUGGGGCUUAGAAAAGAACUAAUCCAAAGAAUUUAAAUUGUGAUCAUGUAUUUGUUUAUAAUUUAGUUUUUCAGCAUUAGUACAGUGGUAUUCGUUUUAUAAGAAAGAUUAAACUCAUCCAUCUUUAGAUCUGAGUUUACAAAAAAGAAAUCGAACAUUAUUAACAUGUAUCAUGCUUAUCCUUUUUCUAACUCCUAGAACGAUUUUUCAUCUAACGUUUAAGCUGAGCAUUGUCUGUUGUAAAAGUAGCAGGAUUCAGAUGAGAAAGCCUAAGUUUUGAGUAUAAUUCAUUUGCUCUGUUCUGGUUUUAUCAUCUAAAUUGUUACAAUAGAGAACAUUGUUGAUAAGGCAUAAAUCCUGCACCCUGAAAAUUCUGUGACAGAAAGGAAGACUUAAGGGAGACUCCUGUAAAGUACACGUGGCGGGGGUCAUUGUUUGGACUCACUGGUCUAAAUCAAGAGGUUGUAAGAGAUUUGAGGAAUUACAGAAAUGAUGUGGUGGGCAGAUCUUUUUUACUUAUCACUAGAAGUAAAUACAGUAAUAGGGAAAUACUUUCUCAACUGUAUGAAUAAACAUUCUAAAAUAUUUUUAGAAAACAUAGGGCCUACCUGUGUUGCGGGCUAUCUAACAUUCAAAGAUGCAGUAGCAAUAGAUGGAUAUAAUUUUUGUGAUCAUAAUUUUUUUUUUUAAAUUGGGUUCUUUUCCGGAGUCAACAACAAAAAACUCAUGAAAAUAAGCACUACACAAGAAAAGUAUUUUUCUCCCUGUCAAGGCAAGCCUAAAAAGCCCUUGAGGAUAAAAUAUUUAUAGGCUGGUCAUAAUUAAAAAUUCUAUUAGUGGCAGCACUUCUUUGCUGGAUUCCUUUUGGGAUUGGCCUUAGAAGAAUAGGUGUCUUUUCUUACUGUUGCUUAUUGUGUGUAAGAAAAGCGGUCAGUUGUAGAAAACAGUGACCUUUCCUAAAAUGUCAAGAUCCAUAUUUCUUACUAGCUCAUAGUAGCUUUCCAUUUAUGGCAUGUGAACCUUUUAAGAUUAUUAUGGGCAUUGAAACCCCCAUUCUAGGCAAGUAGGCUGCCAGUGGGCAGGUCUCCAGUCCCAGGUGAAUGUUUGAAAUUGAAAAUUUGAGCAAGGAAAGUAUAUUCAUGUGCUUGCAUAGGCCUGACUUUUGUUGUUCUUUUAGACAGUCUUAGUCCAGGCUGGCCUCACACUUUGCCCAGGAUACACUUGAACUGAUCAUUAAGCCUCUACCUCUUAAGAGCUGAGAUUACAGCCCUGUGACACUGUGCCUGGCUCAGAAAUUCUUAAUCAAAGAAAUGUGUUUCUUAAGGGAUGCAGAAGAUAUUUUGCAGUUAAUCUGCUGCAAACCUUUAUUUUUUUAUUUGCUUUAUAUGUAUACGUGUUUUGCAUACAUAUCUGUGCACCAUGUGCAUUCCUAGUGCCCAAGGUGGCCAGAAGAGGCCAGUGGAUUUCCUAGAGCAGUGCUUUGGAGCCACCAUGUGGGUGGGUGCUAGGGAUCCAACCUGAGAGUCUCCUGGAAGAACAGCAAGCACUCAACCACGGAGCCAACUCUGCAGCCCCACGCUGCAGAAACAGUUAGGAAGCUAAGUGGAGGAAUGAUUGCAUCUUUUGAGUUUUACUUCUGUUUUGAAGCUUUUUAAAGUUUUAUUUGGGGAAGAGACACGCAUACCAUGUCCUGUGUGUGGAGGUCUGAUGCACUUGUGGAAAGCAGAGGACAACUUCUGGUAGUUGAUUUUCCUCUUUCCAUUAUGCUGGCCCUGGAAUCGAACUUGGGUUGUCAGCCUUGGCAGCUAUACCUUUUUACACUGCACUGUCUGGUCGCUUUGGCUUCUUUGCAUUUAUGACAUUUUUUUUUUUCCUUAUAAGUCCUUAAAUGUUACCUUAAAAUUGUGUAGCUCUUUGACUUGUAAUUCCCUUGUUCUUAUACUACCUGCAUUAUCUUUAUGUCACUGUGGCAAAUGCCUAUCAUAAGUCAACUGAUAGAAAAGGUUUAUUUGGGGCCAUGGAUUAAAAGUUUGACUUUGAGAUUGGUUGGCCUUGUGGCCUCAGACCUGUGAUGAGGUAGCAUAUUGUAGCAUGAGGGCACAGUAAAACAAACUGUUUACCUCAUUGUGGGUGCAGAGUAUGAGAUAUGGAUCUCUCAAAUCUUUUUGAGGACAUACCCCUAAUGCCUUAAAACCUCACACUGGGGUGGCCUAAAGUUUCUACAGCUUCCCAAUAGUGCCAUAGUCAAGGAAGCAAGCUUUUAGAACCUGGGCCUUUGUGGGGAGAGUUCAGAUCCAUACUAUAGCUUCAGCUGUGUAAGACUGAUUACAGGCAAGCAUUAAUUAUUAGAUUAAGAAGAAUGUUUCUCCAGAUAGGUUGUAAUUUUUUUUUCAACUGCUUUUCUGAUGUCUCCAAAAUGUCCUUAAAGGCCUCAAGUUAAGUUCCCUGGAUUAGGAUCAUUAUUGUCUGUUUUGUUUUUUAGUUGUAGGAGAUAGGGUCUUAUAUAACUCAGUCUGGUCUCAAACUUGUGUAACAGAGGCUGGCCUUGAACUCUCGAGUCUACCUCCCAAGUACUAGGAUUAGCAGGUGUGCUGGACCCUGCCUAGUUUGGAUUAGGUUCUUUGGUAAAGCUGUGAUAAUUAUACACUACUGGGCAACUCAGCAAAGGAAUUCUUAAAACCCUAGAUCUCAGUUACUGACAUGUCGCCAUCUGGAUUUUAUAAGUUGUAUAAUGAUGUUUCAUAAGUUGUAUAAAACUUGUUCUUUAAUUUA